GUCGAGCGAUUCAUGUACAGUAUUGCGCUGCGCUCUAAAUGUCGUCGUAAGCGAAGGCGAAAGUCAUAAUAACAGACGCAGCGGAUUCACUGUCCAACACAACAGAUAGGACAAACUUUCGGUCACACGAUGGUGCGGGUGUUGUGGGCGGUGCUACGGACGGUGACCUCACAAGGAGCAGCCGCGUGGAAAACAAACAUACCUGCUGGCGCGGCAGGCUGUAAUCUAUCUUGGAGCGGAGCGUCUCCCCAAGCGGUCGUUACACGCUUCCGAGCUCUAUCCAGCGACGUGCGGCGACAGCAGUGUUCGGCCAGAAUGCCCGAGAUAACCACAGACCACCUGGAUGAGAAGCAGGUGCAGUUGCUGGCAGAGAUGUGCAUCCUCAUCGACGAGAACGACCAACGGAUCGGCGCCGACACAAAGAAAAACUGCCACCUCAACGCCAACAUCGAUAAAGGUUUAUUACACAGAGCGUUUAGCGUCUUCAUUUUUAACAGUGAAGAGAAGCUCCUCUUACAACAGCGGUCCGAUGCCAAAAUCACUUUUCCGGGCUGUUUCACAAACACAUGCUGCAGUCACCCUUUACACACGGACGGUGAGCUGGAGGAGAAAGACGCUAUCGGAGUGAGGAGAGCUGCUCAGAGGAGACUCAACGCUGAACUGGGUAUCCCCGUAGAACAGGUAACUCCAGAUGAAAUGGCAUAUCUAACAAGAAUCCAUUACAAAGCCCAGUCCGAUGGUGUUUGGGGAGAACAUGAGAUUGACUACAUCCUCUUCGUGCAGAAGGAUGUAGAGUUGAGCCCGGACGACAAUGAAAUCAAAAGCUACUGUUAUGUUAGCAAAGAAGAACUACGGCAAAUGCUGGAGAAGGCCAAGCGUAAAGAACUGGCGAUCACUCCCUGGUUUCAGCUAAUCGCAGAGACUUUCCUCUUCAAAUGGUGGGACAAUUUGCAGAACCUUAAACAGUUCAUGGAUCACACGAACAUCCACCGCAUGUAAUCACUAACUACAAUCGAGUUGUAUCUCCCUGCCAUUUGAGACUUUUGUUUUGGUCUUGACUGAACCAGCAAGCGCCAUUUCUUUAGAGCGCAUGUGUUACCACGUGAAGUUCAUAGCUCAAAGAUGCUUUGUAUGCAGAGUGGACAAGAGGUGAUUGUAUAGAAAUUGAAAGGUUAAUUAGUCGUAUAACAAGGUAAUGAACUCUAAAAAGCUUCACAAUGUAUUAACAUACAAAGUUGUGGAUAACAAUCAUGAGAAUAGCCUAUUUUUCUAUCGUAAAUAAAAUCAUGGAGAUGCUUGAUCAAAUGUAAUUACUGUAUUGUACAUAAAUAUUGUCGCCAAGUACUGAACGCAAGUUUUUCUGUACACUUUUACAUUAAAGCGAUGUGGCUUCUU